CUCUCUCUCUCUCAGUUUUUCUGCUUCAAGUUAGAUUUAGUGAAGAUAUAGACAUGGAUCGCCUCAGAAGAGAAACUCGGACGAGUUCGCAUUCUUCUGGGUCAACUGGUGGCGAGUUUGCUCAAACUCGACAGGAUUUGCCAACGAAUGUAUCUAUGGCUACAGAAUGGACAGAUGAGAAGCAUAGUCUUUACCUUAAAUCCAUGGAAGCAUCAUUUGUUGAUCAAUUAUAUAAUUCCAUGAAUCUUCCUGGCUUCCAAGUGCAAGAGGAGGUAUCAGAUUCUAAAUUGCCACAGCUAGUACAUUGUAACACUUGUACUCCAUCUGGCCAGUUUAAGGUUCUUCGAGGUGGUAGCUGGAAGAAAAUCAAUUUUCAAAAGCCUGAUUCAGAUGUAAAUAUGGCAAAUGAACACCAUGGUCUUCUGAUAAAUCCUUGGAUCCAGCACUUUAGGUCUGCAAGAAAAUCCCAAGUUGCUAUCCAAGAAAAUGCCAUAUUGCAAAGUCAAGCAACCAACUUGAGAAGGAAGAAGGCGGUGGCAAGUGGAACAUCAGCUUCUUUGAAGCAUUCUUAUCUAUGUAGCUGCUAUUCAUGUUGUCAUUGCUUGGUUGACAGCAACAAAGAGGUAUCGGAUCAAAAUUUUGUGGACGAAGAUAUUAAAAAUGAGAAGAUAAGCAGUACAUGCAGCUCAAAAAGGUUGAAAAUUCACGCAGCCGGUGCUUCAAGUGAGGACCAGGUUGUUCCACAUGGCAAGUCUCCUGCGACAGGUACUGAGAAGUGUAUUUCUGCAACAAUAUAAAGGGACUUGCACACCAGUGACUGGCAAUUUUCAUGGCGAUCUCUUAAACUACAAAGAGGCUGAAGGAAUGUAUCAAAUUUGCUUGCUUAAGUGUUAGAUGGGAAGGCGGGGAUGGAUGGAGGGGAUUUUUUGAGGGGCACAUUUGUUCAUAUGGUCGAUGCAAAUUUUGUGAGGAAUGCUCUGUCACCGUGGUCUAUAUAAAUCUUUUGUCCUUUUAUUUUUACAUAUGUUUUGCAUGUCGAUGUUUUAUAAAUUCAGUUGAUUUUCCUCUGUAGUGAAGGCAUGUAUAUAUAAUAGAAGGCUAUGAUGGCAUUUUAUCUGCAAAUACCAUUCCUUGUUGCUGACGAAGAUUUUUGGCUUGGUGUUGAUUUAGCUAUAGAAACAGAAGCUAACAGGAGGAGGCUUGUGUAGACAAUCUAAGCAUAUAUAUAAUUCUCAUUGCUUGUUUGCAUUUAAGACUCUACUUGAAUUCUUCACUGUAAACUUCAUAGAUAGUGGUUGAAUCCAAGUGCAGCAUAGAAAUACUCACCAAUUUUGCUUCAUUAAUUGGGCUUUGAGUGUAUGGCUUUCUAGUUUCUACA